CACAUAGUUUCAGGGCUACUGAUCCUCUGGCAAACAGAAAUGGCUUGUGGAGUUCAUUUGGGGAUCUUGCUGAUUUGCUUCAUAGAUCAUGUUUGCUGUUUAUGGGCUACAGAAGCUCAGAGCUCCCAGAGUCAAAACGGCAACAGAUAUGUUGGCAUCUCACAACAGGAUGUUGGACCAGGAAGACCUGGUGGCAAUUAUCCCCAGAAUCAACUCAGACAGGCCUAUGUUUCUCAAGGCUCAGCCCAGAGCAGUAGCCUCAACACAAACACUGCCGUUAGCAGGGGUUAUAGCCGGGGACUCUUUAGUAGUGGCUACCCUCAAGCUCUCUCACAGUCAGCUCAAGGUGGCUAUGCGUCAGUUGUUCCGGAGCGCAGAGCAGGGUCAAAACCUAACUGGCGAACGAGAAAGCUGAAUCGGGUGAAAGUGCCAACAUGGCAGUUACCUGGCCUCGCCACUCCUGUUGCUAGUGGGGGUUUUGUAAGUCAGUACAAUCGGAACCAGGAUAACGUUCUUGAUAACAGCAAGAAGAGAACUUGGCCAGUUCAGCAUGGUACACCUCGUGCUAGCAAACAGCACCGUAGCUCUGCAUCUGCUCAGAGGUCUAGCAAAAGCUACCCUUUCACAAUGGCCUCCCACCAGUCUGCAGCACAGAAAGCUCGCAGUGCUUCAGCUAAAUCACCAGUGUACAAUAUUGCGACAGGGUCUUCUAGCCUAUUUAGCGCAGGUGCUCUUGCUCCACAGACGCAUUCUGUACGGCUGCCGACAUCAGGCAGUGCCCCUGCUAGAAGAGUCUCUUCACGUCGUCGCCCUGAUUUAUCUAAACCCUCCUGUUUCUCACCUUCUCAAAAUGAGAGAACUAGAAGUGACCCAAGCCAGACUGAAGCUGCAAAACCAUACCAGAGCAGACUGUUUACUGUGAAUAGGGGACACGCCCAAGGAAGCUCCAAGUCUACUUCUACGUCCAACAUGGCCUAUAGCCAGCUCUUUCCAGUGUCUAGCAUAGGCAGCGUCCGACCAGGCAGUCUAGAGAUGCCCACAAGUCAAAGGUUGAGCUACAAACCCAGCUACGCCUCCAGUGAGCAGAUUACCAGCAGUACAGGCUCUCUCCAAGCCUCUUGGAACAGCAGGAACUCUGCCCAGGGAGCUCGUAACCUCCCUGCCUUUCAGCGGUUUGUCCCAACCAAAACCCUCAACAUCCCUCAGUGCUUCGGGGGCUACGCAAUCAGGCGGCUGAAGAAACCUGACCAGGAGGAAGAGGGUGUCCAGAAGCCACAGCAGACCUACACAGCUCGGUCAUGGCGGCCGGCGUCUCCCGAGCCACAUGUCCCAAGCAAAUUGCUGAGGAUAAGGCCAUCUUGGACUCUAGCCGGUGCAGCAGGUCCUUGGCCAACCUAUUAAUGUUUUGAAAUAAAGUUAUUAAUUUAAA